GAUUGCGUGUGUUGGGCGUAUCAGGAAGUCUUCACACAAACACACAGACAGACAGACAGACAGACAGACAGACAGACAGACGCUCGCUGUGAGACUAAACUUCAGAGAUGACUGGUAGUAAAGUUUGUAUCGUUGGUUCUGGAAACUGGGGUUCGGCGAUUGCUAAGAUCAUUGGUCACAAUGUGAAAGGCUCAAAUCGUUUUGAUCCUAUGGUGAAGAUGUGGGUUUAUGAGGAGAUGAUCGAUGGAAAAAAACUCACUGAGAUCAUCAAUACACAACAUGAGAACAUCAAAUAUCUGCCUGGACACAAACUGCCUAAAAAUGUGGUUGCUGUUCCUGACGUCACAGAGGCUGCGGCGGGCGCUGAUCUUCUGGUCUUUGUCAUUCCACAUCAGUUUAUUGGGAAACUUUGUGACCAGAUGAAACCUCAUGUCAAACCUGGAGCUAUCGGCAUCUCCCUCAUUAAAGGUAUAGACGAGGGUCCGGCUGGCCUGACCCUGAUCUCUGACAUCAUUCGAUCGAAACUGGAGAUCGAGGUCAGCGUGCUGAUGGGGGCGAACAUCGCCAGUGAGGUCGCAGAUGAGAAGUUCUGUGAGACCACCAUCGGAGCCACUAAUGAACGCAACGGUAAAAUCUUUAAAGAACUUCUGCAAACUCCAAACUUCAGGAUCACAGUGGUGAAAGAGAGCGACACCGUGGAGCUCUGUGGAGCUUUGAAGAACAUCGUGGCAGUGGGUGCUGGUUUCUGUGAUGGUCUGGGGUUUGGUGACAACACUAAAGCUGCUGUGAUCAGAUUGGGACUCAUGGAGAUGGUGGCCUUCGCCAAAGUCUUCUGCAAGAGCGCCGUCUCCUCUGCAACCUUCCUGGAAAGCUGCGGGGUCGCCGAUCUCAUCACCACCUGCUACGGCGGACGCAACCGGCGCGUGGCUGAAGCGUUUGCUAAAUCGCAGAAGUCGAUAGUUGAACUGGAGGCGGAGAUGUUGAAUGGCCAGAAACUUCAGGGCCCUCAAACAUCCGCAGAAGUCUUUAAGAUCCUUCAGAAGAAAAAUAUGGUGGACAAGUUCCCACUGUUUGUAUCUGUCUAUCAGAUCUGUUUUGAGGGUCGACAGGUGAAAGAUUUCAUCCACUGCCUUCAGAAUCAUCCAGAACACAUGUGAUGUCAUGUGAUGAGAGUAAAUACACAAACACAAGCUCAGCACUACAGAGACUCUCUUCAGUGAGCUUCAUUAAUUACAACACAACGUCUAACAAAGUGUAUAACAAUAAUACUACUACUGUAUUUCAGUGUUUUAUAAACAAA